CUGCGCCCCCUCAGGGUGGAGGUCUGCACCCUCCGGCCCGGCAGCGCGCCCCGCCCCUCCCCUCCCCUCUAGGAUGGAGGAGGCGAGCCAGCAGCCCUGCGCCCGGCGGGAGGAGCGGAGGGCGGCAUGAAGUUGGGCUAGCGCGGACCUGGGAGCCUGGUUACCGCGGAGCCCGCAGCCGGCCACGUCUAGAGCCGCUCGGUGCGCCAUGGAGCUCGGGGGUCCGGGGGCUCAAGGGCCUCCGCUGCCGGCCCUGCUACUGCUCCUGGGCGUCGGCCUCCUGCCGGUGGGGGGCCACAUGGAGACCCGGGCCCAUGCAGAGGAGCGGCUGCUGAGGAAGCUCUUCUCGGGCUACAACAAGUGGUCCCGGCCUGUGGCCAACAUCUCAGAUGUAGUCCUCGUCCACUUCGGCCUGUCCAUCGCCCAGCUCAUCGAUGUGGAUGAGAAGAACCAGAUGAUGACAACGAACGUGUGGGUGAAGCAGGAAUGGCACGAUUAUAAGCUGCGCUGGGACCCAGCUGACUAUGAGAAUGUGACCUCCAUCCGCAUCCCCUCUGAGCUCAUCUGGCGUCCAGACAUCGUGCUCUACAACAACGCUGAUGGUGACUUCGCAGUCACCCACCUGACCAAGGCACACCUGUUCCAUGACGGGCGUGUGCAGUGGACACCGCCGGCCAUCUACAAGAGCUCCUGCAGCAUUGAUGUCACCUUCUUCCCCUUCGACCAGCAGAACUGCACCAUGAAGUUUGGCUCCUGGACCUACGACAAAGCCAAGAUCGACUUGGUGAGCAUGCACCGGCGCGUGGACCAGCUGGACUUCUGGGAGAGCGGUGAGUGGGUUAUCGUGGACGCCGUGGGCACCUACAACACCCGCAAGUACGAGUGCUGUGCCGAGGUGUACCCCGACAUCACCUACGCCUUCAUCAUCCGCCGCCUGCCGCUGUUCUACACCAUCAACCUCAUCAUCCCCUGCCUGCUCAUCUCCUGCCUCACCGUGCUGGUCUUCUACCUGCCGUCUGACUGCGGUGAGAAGGUCACGCUCUGCAUCUCUGUGCUCCUUUCGCUCACCGUGUUCCUGCUGCUCAUCACCGAGAUCAUCCCGUCCACCUCGCUGGUCAUCCCGCUCAUCGGCGAGUACCUGCUCUUCACCAUGAUCUUCGUCACCCUCUCCAUCAUCAUCACUGUCUUUGUGCUCAACGUGCACCACCGCUCGCCGCGAACACACACCAUGCCUGCCUGGGUUCGCCGAGUCUUCCUGGAUGUGGUGCCGCGCCUUCUCUUCAUGAAGCGGCCCUCCGUGGUCAAGGACAACUGCCGGCGGCUCAUCGAGUCCAUGCAUAAGAUGGCUAACACUCCACCCUUCUGGCCUGAGCCUGGCCCCCCAGCUGCUGCUGCCAGGAGUCCCCCAGAUGCACCUGCCAAACCAGCUGGCCCUGGGUCCCCAGACCGGAUCCCUGGAGCCCGGCCUGAGGACACCAGCCCCUGCCACCCACCAGCUGGCUCCCCGGCCCCCGGGCUGGCCAAGGCCAAGUCCCUGAGCGCCCAGCACGUGUCUAGCCCUGGCCAGGGGGUGGAGGGGGGUGUUCGUUGCCGGUCUCGGAGCGUCCAGUACUGUGGUGGCUCAGGGGGCUCUCCCACCCUGGUGAAGGGCUCCCGCAUGCAGCCCCCAUCCCCAGAGCAGCCCUCCCCCCGCCAGUGCAAGUGCAAGAAGGAGCCUCCCACAUUGCCAAGCACCAAGGCGCCACCACAGCAGCCACCUCGUGCUUUGACACUGUCCCCGGCUCUGACACGAGCAGUGGAGGGCGUGCAGUACAUCGCUGACCACCUGAAGGCGGAGGACACCGACUUCUCGGUGAAGGAGGACUGGAAGUACGUGGCCAUGGUCAUCGACCGGAUCUUCCUCUGGGUGUUUGUGCUCGUCUGCCUGCUGGGCACCGUGGGCCUCUUCCUGCCCCCCUGGCUGGCUGGCAUGAUCUAGAGCCAGGCUGGGUGGAGGCACAGUGGUGUCUGCCAGGCUCUCGAUGGGCCUCCUGCACCACAUCUACUAAAUUGUCACCCAUCGUCUGUGUCACUGUCAGAUGUUCUGGAGGAGCUGCUGACCCCUGUGCUGGUCGUUGGGAUGUGUCCACCCCUUACCUGCCCUAAGGGAGCCAGCCAGAAACGCCUGUCCUUUCCUUGGUGUUGCUGCCUGAGUCUAAUUAACAUUUGUCUGAGCAUGGUCAUCACCCUGUCUCCUCCAGUCUCAGUGACUGACCCCGCAGGCCAUCUGUGGUGUGGCCUCUGACCUUUCAGUCUGGACAUUGGGAAGGAGUCCAGCUGCCUCUCACUCCUCCAGCAGCCUCACCAAGAGAAAAGAGGCCACUCCAUGGGGACUUGCUCUUUCACCACACAAAGCAAGUCUCAUUUUCAGAGCACGUGAGCAGUGCAGACCUAAGGUUUUGUGGGGGGGACUGGGAGGAGUGGUCUAGCUCUGUCCUCCUCAGUGGACAGUCCUGCAGGUACCCUGGGUGAGAACACCCUCUGCCCCAGUGAGUACACUUCUGCAAGGCCUGGGGAUGCACCAAGCUCCUGUGGGCACUGGGCCUCCAGGACCCAGGCAGUGUCCAGCACAACCCCUUCCCAGGCCCCCCUCCCAGCCUGGUUCUGGGACACAGAUGCCUCAAAGACCUUCCUCAGUCUGAGUUGAGGCCCAAGGACCCCAUGUAAGUGUGCGAGUGGAGGAUCCUCAUGGGGCUGGGAGAGAGCUGUCAGGAGGUCUGCCUCACAGCGAUGGGGUGUUCCUCAGAGGUGGUGGGGGAGGACAUACUGACCCCGUGCAGGCCCUCAAACCAGCUUUCGUAAUAACCCAGCCCAGAUGUCUGCAGCAGCUAUGGCGCCCAGCAGUUGACCGGCUUCUCUAGGUCUGCAGAGCCCACCCAAGGGCUACGGAUGCCUGCCCCUUUCUUGGUUUCUAGUUUUGUUUUGAUUUUUCUUCAAAAAUGCUCAUUUAUUCAUUUAUUUUUUAAUGAAGGGGAGAGUGGGGGGGGGAAGAAAGAGGGUGCCUCCAGAGCCAUGCUCAGCUCUAGCUUACAGUGGUACUGGGGACUCAGUGGUACUGGGACCUCAGAGCCUGAGGCUUGGCAGUCUGUUGCACUACUCACUCUGCUAUCUCCCUGGGCCUAAUGGUUGUUUUGUUUUUGAUUUUUGUUCAGAUGGUUUUUGCUUUCUUGACUUGAGACAAGUUGCAAUAGCCAAAAAUAGAGGCUGGAGGCGGUGUGUGUGUGUGUGUGUGUGUGUGUGUGUGUGUGUGACAUACUGAGCUGAGUGCACAUGUGCAUAUGCAGAAGGACCCGGGUUCAAGCCUUACCAGCUGUGAAGUAGCCCUACAGGUCUAUCUGUCCCCCACCCC